ACGGAGGGUGACUUAUUUUGACAGGGUGCGAGGGAGGUGCUGUAUAAAUAAGGGUGGCAACGCGAAAACUAUUCGCAUUCGAGAAAAACGGUUGCCAGGUGGUUGUUGUGGUGAAAGUGAGAGCCCCAGUUCGACGACAUGAAGUUCCUGGUUCCCCUCGUGUGCCUAGUGGCAGCCGUAUACGGCACCGCUGAAGUGGACCCCAAUCUUCCGUUAUCCUACGGUCUCACGCCAGCCGUGAAGCAAACAGUGUACACCAGGAAGGUACCUGUCUUGGCGUCGAGAGUGGUCCCUGCUAAAGAAACUGGCUACUUCAUCCAGCAGUACCACACACGCUACUUGUCUCAACCUCACCGCUACAGCUACGUCACCUUUCCACGAUACCACCCAGGGCUCCACACCUACUACGGUUUCCCGUACCAGCACUACUACGGCAGGUACGACCCAUCAGUACCAGUUUACCAGGGCUACCACCCUCUUGUAUCAUCGAGCUACGUCCAUCACUACGAAACCGUUCCCCAAGUCGGCCUUCGCCAUGAAGUCCCGGUUUAUGAAGUCCUCGUUCGGCCAACCGUCCAGCCCGUCGUUCAGCCAGAAGUCCAACCUGUCGUCCAGCCAGCUGUUGCACCGGUUCCCGACCAAACCCCACUUCUCGAGCCAGCUCCAGAGCACGUUCAAGAACCACACCCGGAAGUCGUCCAGAGACCAGGAUCUCAACCCGCCUACACUCCAGCUCCGGAAACCGUACCCGAGGUCGCCUCUGAACCAGCACCUGAACCAGACGUCGUCCACCCCGAGCCAGACGUACCAAGACCGCCACGCAGGCCAGUUCAGGACGCUUAUGCCAGGCCGGAACCGGUUGCGCCGCAAGACUCGAAGAACGAAGUGCCCGUUACCGAACCAGUUAGGCCUAACCUCGAUGAAGCUGAACCGGAAUACCCGAACAUCCGCUAUUAAAUAGAAAACAUUUAAGAAUAUAUGAAUUGCCCUUCUCAACGAUGACCUUGCGAUUUCGCCUGUGAUGACGUCGUAAGUCAAGUACCACUGCCCAACGAAUAUUUAUCUGUUGCGUGUGCUUUUGUUCGGCAAAGCCGCCAUUUUGCCUGAAAAUGUCAAAGUGCCAAACGAGACAAAUAAAAAGGAAAGUUUUCAUAG